GCUUCUGUUUGACCAAUCUAUCGCUUAUCGAUAACAAGUUUUUCCUGUUUAGCUAAAAUAUAACAUAAAAUAAAAUUUAUUAAAAUGCCGGUGGAUUGGUUUGGUUAUGCAUAUGCUGCAACGGUUGCAGCGGGCGGUAUCAUGGGCUAUGCCAAGGCAGCCUCGAUUCCUUCGCUUGGAGCUGGCCUUGCCUUUGGAGCUCUUCUCGGCUAUGGAGCUCAUUUGAACUCCCAGGAUCAACCACGCCCCAUGCUCCAGUUGGGCACAUCCCUGUUCUUGGCCGGCCUGAUGGGGGUCCGAUGGAAUCGAUCUGGUAAACUCAUGCCUGCAGGCGUUGUAUGUAUGAUAUCCGUAGUCGCUCUAGUGCGGAACCUGGUGUCUUACAACCGCUACUUACCGCUGCCGACAAGCUCUAAGGGCGCUUAAAUCGAACUACGCCAGAUACCCAGCAGCUGGACUUGCCCGGAGAUUUUCUUUUAUAAUUUUUCCAUUAUUAAUGCAUCCAUUCUUGCGAUAUUUUAUUAAAAUGGUUUUUUUGGUGAUUACA